GCUGUAUACUCCCCCACCUAUGCCAGACUGAUGACCUGUUCAGCCUACAGCUGGGUCAAUUAACAGCUUCAAGAGUUUAAAACCCACCUGGAGCUCAGUUGACACUCAUUGGCCCAAGGAAACAAUGGAGAAAUCGUUUGUUGUUAAAGAUAUGAAAAGCUUUGAGUGUUCCUCUCCAUCGGAGCUUGACAGGAAGUUUUUAGUGGAAAACAGUUUGCUGUCUGCUGUUUUGUCACCAGAACAACUGCCCACAUCAAGAGCAUCAAAUGAAACGGUGGCUGAAGGAUCUGACCCCAAACUGUCCACCCUAUCUUCUCUCUACCUGUCAUCAGAGGCCAUUUCUCCGUCUCUGAGCUUUUCAUAUAACAAAGAAAUUGACAACUAUCGCCUGGCUGUGCCUUUGCAGGGAAAGUCCUCCACUCCCCACAUGUUUCUUCAAAAGCAAAAAAAGCCUGCUUGUUUUGACCAGUCAUACAGCGAUCUCUCUGCCUCUCAAAUGUCAUGGGAGGUUUCUUUGAUAAGACCGGACAGCAACAGCCCCAGGUCCUGCAUGGAGUCCAGCGCUUUGGAGCAAGCAUGGAGUCCAAAUACCCCGACUACACAACAUCCAUUACCUGAAGUUUCUCCCUGACGUGGCCAAGAAUGUCUACACACACUUAAUAUUGAUGAUUGUGACUGCCUCUUCACCCACACGCAUCAAGGAUAAAUUAAAGUGGAUUCUAAAAUGCUGCAUGUAAAUGUGAAGGUAAAAUGUUUGUAUUUACAGGAUCCAUGUGAAGAUUCUUGCGGAGAGCUCCAUAUGCUUUUAAAUAAAAGAUUUUAAUAAUAAAAAAAAUCAAUUUCUUUA